GCAUGUCUUACUCAUGAGCCAGAUUCAGCUAACACACAGUAAGAGAGAGAGAGAGGAAAGACAGGGGGAGACAGAGUGAAAGUAAGCGAGAAAGGAGAGAGACAGGGCAGACUAUGCUCACGGCAAAUGAGCUCAUUCACUCUAAGGUCACACAGAGAGAGAGAGGCGGGGAAAGACUUGAACGGAGGCUGUACAACAAUAGCGAGCUCCACUUUCAGUUGUUGCCACACAGAAUGAGAUCGAGGAAGGAUCCGUGGCGCUCCUGAGGAAAGACCACACAUUUCUUCUGCCCUGGUUUCUGUGAGGUGGGACGCAGUUGUUGCUGCUUUCCUGUGGAGUUUCCCUCCUAAGUGAUUUUUUUAGGAUCUUAUCUUUUCUUGGUACCCAGUACCUUUCACACGUAUAGUUCUUGGACUGUGGUUUGGACUGGUUGGUGCAGAUGCCCCUAAACGUGGUCAUAUCCCCUCCGGAGAACUGCUUCUGGCCAGGGAUCGAACGAACCGACAUGAGGCUCAAAAUCAGAGUCCGCAAGAUGAGGAAGGAACGCAAGCUAAGAGGUGGUUUUGCAGCAUUCUCAUCUUGUUUCCCAGGCCUGUGUGAAGGCAAGCCAGUGGCAACUCUGCCUAUGAGUUUGUCUCAGCCAUGUCUGCCUGUGGCAAACGUUGGUCCCACACGAAUCCUGCCCCAUCUCUACCUGGGCUCCCAAAAAGAUGUGCUCAACAAGGACCUGAUGGCUCAAAAUGGCAUCACAUAUGUGUUAAAUGCAAGCAACACCUGCCCAAAGCCAGAGUUCAUCUCCGAAAGCCAUUUCAUGCGCAUUCCCGUCAAUGACAACUACUGUGAAAAACUCCUGCCAUGGCUAGACAAAACCAACGAGUUUAUUGACAAAGCCAAGGUUUCCAACUGUCGAGUCAUUGUGCAUUGUUUAGCUGGCAUCUCCAGGUCUGCUACCAUCGCCAUCGCUUAUAUUAUGAAGACAAUGGGCUUGUCAUCAGAUGACGCUUACAGGUUUGUGAAGGACCGCAGACCUUCAAUAUCACCCAACUUCAACUUCCUGGGACAGCUGCUGGAGUUUGAGAAAGGACUGAGAUUGCUAAAGGCUCUGUCCUCAGGUCAGGAGAAGAUGGAGCAGUUGAAGGAAUUGUCAGAUCCUAGAGGAGAAUUUUCCAGUAAUCCUGAAAAGGGUCGUCAGGAGGCUGAGAAGGACAGCACAGAAUUUGACACCAAGCUUCCUUCCCCAACCUCCCUCCAGCAGGGCUUUAAUGGCUUGAAUCUGUCGGCAGAGCGUAUCCUAGACACCAACCGGCUCAAACGCUCUUUCUCACUUGACAUCAAAUCGGUCUACGAGCCCAACCACUGUUCUCGCCUCACGCCUGCGCAUACCGAAGAUGUUCCCAAACUCUGCAAGCUGGAUAGCCCAGAGGCCGGAGAAGCCAAUGGUGUAUGCCAGUACUCCCCUGUCAGCCCCAGUUUAGCCGAAUCUCCAAGCCUCUUUCCUGAGAGCAGCUCCCGACCUCGUUCGCGGAGGAAAAGCAAGCACAAUGGUAGCAGCACUGGAAGUUCUCCUGUGCACUCGCACUUCGGACACUCACUCGCCGCACUCAAAAGUCCCAGUCUUGACGACAAUCUAAAACCCUCGCUGCUGCUCAGCCUUCCCACUGUGGGCACCGGGCCCAUGUGGACCAAGCAUAGAGACACCGUACAGGCCACGACCCCUGUUACGCCAACAGGCGAAGCCCCUUGGUUCUACAGCUCAGAGUCAAUGAACAGUAACGGAGGUGGAGGAGGGGCAGUACACUUUCCUGCACUGGGAUGCAGCAGCCUUCCCGGCCCAUGCGAGGCUGUGCGUCUGCGGGAGAAGGUGGGGGAGCCACGGGACUCGAGGGGCAGCUGGCACGAGGAUGCUCCCACUUCCAGUGCUGCCGAUAAACAGUUCAAGCGGCGCAGCUGUCAGAUGGAGUUUGAAGAAGGCAUAUCAGAGACACGCUCAAGGGAGGAACUUGGAAAGAUCAGCAAACAGUCCAGCUUCUCUGGAAGCAUGGAAAUAAUUGAAGUAUCCUGACAUCACCUUCACAGCCCCUGGAGGCUUUAACGCACAGACGGACAGACACCACUUAUGAGGAAGGAUGACUAAGAGUGAGCCUGGCAAGGCUGAGGAACAUUCAUAUUAGUUCAUAGACUUGUCAGUAAAGACUAGUUCUCAGAAAUUGAACUUUUUUUUUGGACUUUUUAAGCCGGUGGAACCGGACGCAGAUAGACUAUGCUUUGUCUUUCUACUGUUUUUAAGCCAUAGCCAUCCCCAGAUGAUAAUGAGCUGAGACUGCAGUGGCAGAAUCCCUCGUUUCCUCAUUCUAGAAACAAACCACCCUAUUCCUCAUAAAAGCUUUACCAGCCUUUUGGUGUAUUGAGAAUCAAGCAUGGCUGUUAUGCUCACACUUGUUUCAUUCAUAAUGCUGCCCUGGACUCAGUGAAGAUACACCGCCACAGCACAAGGAGUCAGCACAGACUAAGCCUUGGUGGUACAUGCUUUUACUGGCUGAAUGAAGGCCUCUUUGUGCAGUGCUCAUGUCCACCCUGCUCCUGUAUCCCAGCAUUCAUGGAAUCCUGGAGGAGGAACCAGGCAUGUCAUGAAGGAAACGCAUUGUGGGCGUUUUCCCAUAAUGUUCUCUGUUAUUCUUUUGUUACCCAGAUUUCAGGGUCUAGUCCUUCCCAUCCUGUGCCCAAGUGGUGAUGCGCGAACUGUUGUGCAACCCACGUUUCUCUCACUAAGCAUGCGUCAAGGCUGCUGUUUUCCCUACAAACAAAUAGUAUAUAAACUAUACACAGUGAUUUCAAUGGACGUUUCCUUUUCGUACCGUUUUAAUUUAUUCUACUGGUUCAUUCUGGUAAUGAGAAAUAAUAUAAAGAUUGUGGAGUUUUUAUUUUUUCCUCUUUUUCAGUGUUGAUCUCUCUUUUUCUGUGACAUUUACAAAAAUACACUCGCAAAACUGAUACGCAACUUCAAGCAAUAUGCGUUUUUUACUUUGUUUUUCUUUAUAAGGGAGUGCAGUUAUUACCAGGAAUUAUCUGAUGUCUAAAUGCACUUUCUGUUGCUUUAAGAGGGAAGUUUUACAACGUUCUCAUUAAAAGGGUACCACAGCGCUUUACAAAAAAAAAAAAAUCAUGUGUAACCAUUGGUGUCCUGCAGUGUGUCACAAACUAAAGCAUUUGGUAUGGCUUUCGUUUGUCUCUUCAACCUGCUGGCUUGAAUUAUUAAAGACUUUAAUCCAGCAUGAAUAUUCUAGAGUAAUCUAGAAAAAUAUGUAUGAUACCCCAGCAUCGUAAAAUGAGGAGUGACUCAUUUCGAUUUUCAAGAAUUAGAUUUUUGUAUUAACAAGCACACAAGACGAAAUGAAGGGGAAAAUGACAGGGACUCUAAAGGGGUUUGUCUGUGUCCCCCAUUUGUUCUGCAUAUUUAUGACAUUAUUUAUUGUUUGUUUGGGUCUGAUUGCGGGGGGAUGUGUGGAUUGAUGUUGUGAAUGACUGACAGAAGGACCCUUUGCAGAUGCUCUUAUAAACUAGCGUCUUGGAGAGGAGAUAAACCUCUAACCUUUUCAUCAGUAAAGAAAGGAUACACAACUACAUGCAUUUGAACCUGGCCGAUGGUCUGCUGAUCAACACGUUUUUAUUGGAUCAUAAACUUUAUAUGAAAGACCAAUAAGUGAUAAGAACAGAAUCUUCACUACGGUGACAAUACAUUCUGCUUGCUUUCUUCUCAGGGGAGCUUUUAAUGAGUCAAUUACAAGUCUGAGCUUUCUCUAUUCAUCCCUUUUCUUCAUCUCUCUUUAGCGCCAAUUUCUCUUCUACACUUACUCUCCUUCACUCCUUUUUUCCCUUCAUCCUCUCUGUUUCUCUCAGAAUCUCUAGAACGCUCCAAAGGUUAAAUAUAACACAGAAAGUGUGUGUGUGUGUGUGCAAAUGUGAAUGGGAUUGCCCUCUCCAAUGGGGAAUAGUUCAGCAAUUUAUUUAUGUCUGUAUUUUUCAGUUAGCUUUUCUGUAUGGCAAAUCUUGUACUUGUGCUGCUGUAAGUUUUUUUUUCUUCUUGUGUGAGACAUUACCUAUAUGUCCUCUUCCUUCCCUGUACUAUAAUUUUAAAGACAUUUGUUAUCAUUAUUUAAAACAUGUAAUAAAAAGAUGCAGGCUGUCCUUUUUUUGCUGAAA